AAACUGAACAUCACCGCCUAGACUUCCAAAGCCACAUUCCAGUAACAUGAUCGGAGGAAAAAACCACCACCUUAAUCCAACGGUUGAUAUUCCACCAUGGCCAUACACAGAUGAUCAAACGGCUAACAUGCACUUCAUGUUAAGCCCGAACGAGAAUUCCAAUUCUACCCUUAGUUUUGCUGAAGAUUAUUAUUCUCAGUUUGAGUUAGAAAAUGGAGAAAUUGAACUUCCGGUGGACAUGUACGCAUGUGAUAAUUUCAGGAUGUUUGAGUUCAAGGUGAGGAAUUGCGCACGUGGGAGGUCACACGAUUGGACUGAAUGUCCGUACCUUCAUCCCGGCGAGAAAGCUCGUCGGAGGGACCCACGUAAGUAUCACUAUUCCGGUACUGCAUGUCCGGAUUUUCGUAAGGGGAAUUGUUUGAAAGGCGAUGGGUGCGAGUUUGCUCACGGCGUAUUUGAGUGCUGGCUCCACCCAGCUCGCUAUCGUACGCAGCCAUGUAAAGAUGGUGUGAGCUGUAAACGAAGGGUUUGUUUCUUUGCUCACUCAGCUGAUCAAUUGAGAGUAUUGAGCCCGAACGCUGAAUCAGCUUUUGAGCAUCAAUCUCCUCGGCUCUGCGGUAGAGCUUUGCAAUUUGUUUCGUCGCCCGAGUCGAGUUCCCCGCCGACUGAGUCACCGCCUAUGUCUCCGAUGCUGAGUCGGUCGCUGGGUUCGAACUCGGUUAAUGAGGUAAUAGCUUCGCUUCGUCAGUUGCAGUUGAACAGGUUGAAUUCCAUGCCUUCGGCGUGGAAUGUGCAAUUGGGAUCUCCUAGACUCGGGUCGGCUGGACGACCCGUGACCCAACCCGGUUUCUGUAGCUUGCCUGUAACUCCAACUGGGAAUUUGACCCGACCCGGGAAUCGGUGCUUUGAUCUGUGGGAGGAGGAACCUGUGAUGGAGAGGGUAGAGUCAGGUAGGGAUUUAAGGGUAAAGAUGCUUGAGAGGUUGAGUAAGGAGAAUCCACUUGAUGGGUUAAACCCGAAUCUGAAUUCGGAUGCUCCGAACCCGGAUGUUGGGUGGGUAUCGGAUCUGAUACAGUAAAAUGGCGGGCCUUGUUUUUGCUUCCUCUAUUUUUGCUCUUUAUAUUAAAGAAGGUGGGAGGAGGAAGAAUAUUUGGAAAUCCUAACUUUAUUUUUUGGGUUUUAUUGUAUGUUUGUAUAUUCUUAGUAUGAAUUUAGUGGUAUCAUAUAUGGAAAAUGAUGUUUGGUUAUAAGGGGAAAAGUGGUUUAGGGUCUUUUUUUGGAUUUGUUAUGUGGAAAAUUAGGAUUUAUUUUGGAUAAAUGUUUAGACAAAAAAAGAAAGUAAAUUUUGUUUUCGAGUUGCUGUAGAAAGACAUAGCAAAUCGAAGAUGGA